GGCUGGGCUAGGCUGAGAGGAAAGGGCUGGGAGCCGGGAGGCAGCCUGUCCUCCCGCGAGCCUGCAAGGAUGCGGCAGGGGACUGAGACCAUGGGGAGGUGCUAACUUCCUCUCCAACCCCCCAGCCCGGGAUCCGGGCUGGCAUACCCGGCCCCCCGGGCUAGUUUCCUGCCAAGCGCAACCAAGAAGCCAAAGGCGACUUGGAGGGCAUAAAAAGAAAAAGAGUGGUUCUGGAGAGGGGUGCCCACCUCCAGAGCCUGUCCCUCUGCAAACCCGCGAGGAUAGAAGGAAGGGGAUCAGGUACUGGAGAGUGUACACAAAAAUUCCAGUCUGCGGACUCGCUCCAGAGCCUCCCAGAAAACCUGGACGAUCUGCGCCAUCGUCUUCAAUGCCUCUCUGAAAAUCCUUUAGCAAGAGUGUGAGAGAAAGAGAGGAGAGCGCGCGCCAGGGAGAGGAGCAAAGAAGAUGAGGAUUAUUUGCAGGCAGAUUGUCUUGUUGUUUUCUGGAUUUUGGGGACUCGCCAUGGGAGCCUUUCCGAGCAGCGUUCAAAUAGGUGGUCUCUUCAUCCGAAACACAGACCAGGAAUAUACUGCUUUUAGACUGGCAAUCUUUCUUCAUAACACCAGCCCCAAUGCAUCUGAAGCUCCUUUCAAUUUGGUACCUCAUGUGGACAACAUUGAGACUGCCAACAGUUUUGCUGUGACAAAUGCCUUCUGUUCCCAGUAUUCUAGAGGGGUGUUUGCCAUUUUUGGACUCUAUGACAAGAGGUCAGUGCAUACAUUGACCUCGUUCUGCAGUGCUCUGCACAUCUCUCUCAUCACACCAAGCUUCCCCACUGAAGGGGAGAGCCAGUUCGUGCUUCAGCUAAGACCGUCAUUGAGAGGUGCACUCCUGAGCCUCCUGGAUCACUAUGAAUGGAACUGUUUUGUCUUCCUGUAUGAUACAGACAGGGGGUAUUCAAUACUUCAAGCUAUAAUGGAAAAAGCAGGACAGAAUGGAUGGCAUGUCAGUGCGAUAUGUGUGGAAAAUUUUAACGAUGUCAGCUACAGGCAACUGCUAGAAGAGCUUGACAGAAGACAAGAGAAGAAAUUUGUAAUAGAUUGUGAGAUAGAAAGGCUUCAAAACAUUUUAGAACAAGUAAGUUCUGGGCUUCAUCUUAUUAUUAAGCUGGCUGUUUGCUUUGCACUGCACCCCACUGUGCGACACCAUUUCCUUUUUCUACAGGAGAAAUACACCUCUGCUCUCACUUACGAUGGUGUCCUGGUGAUGGCUGAAACAUUCCGAAGUCUCAGAAGACAGAAAAUUGAUAUUUCAAGGAGAGGAAAUGCCGGGGAUUGUCUGGCAAACCCUGCUGCUCCCUGGGGCCAGGGAAUUGAUAUGGAGAGAACACUGAAGCAGGUUCGAAUUCAAGGACUGACUGGGAAUGUUCAAUUUGACCACUAUGGACGUAGAGUUAAUUACACAAUGGAUGUGUUUGAAUUAAAAAGCACAGGACCUCGAAAGGUUGGCUACUGGAAUGAUAUGGACAAAUUAGUCUUGAUACAAGAUGUGCCUACUCUUGGCAAUGACACAGCAGCUAUCGAGAACAGAACAGUGGUUGUAACCACAAUUAUGGAAUCCCCCUAUGUUAUGUACAAGAAAAAUCAUGAAAUGUUUGAAGGAAAUGACAAGUAUGAAGGCUACUGUGUAGACUUGGCAUCUGAAAUUGCAAAACAUAUUGGUAUCAAAUAUAAAAUUGCCAUUGUCCCUGAUGGGAAAUACGGAGCAAGAGAUGCGGACACUAAAAUCUGGAAUGGGAUGGUAGGAGAACUUGUGUAUGGGUUCCUCCAGAGAUCAAAAAUAGCAGUGUAUGAAAAGAUGUGGACCUACAUGCGAUCAGCAGAGCCAUCUGUGUUCACUAGAACUACAGCUGAGGGCGUGGCUCGUGUCCGCAAGUCCAAGGGCAAAUUUGCCUUCCUCCUGGAGUCCACGAUGAAUGAAUACAUUGAGCAACGAAAGCCCUGUGACACGAUGAAAGUGGGAGGAAACCUGGAUUCCAAAGGCUAUGGUGUAGCAACGCCCAAGGGUUCCUCAUUAAGAAAUGCUGUUAACCUCGCAGUUUUAAAACUGAAUGAACAAGGCCUCUUGGACAAAUUGAAAAACAAAUGGUGGUACGACAAAGGAGAAUGUGGCAGCGGGGGAGGUGACUCCAAGGACAAGACGAGUGCCUUGAGCCUGAGCAACGUGGCAGGCGUCUUCUACAUUCUGGUUGGCGGCUUGGGCUUGGCAAUGCUGGUGGCUUUGAUAGAGUUCUGUUACAAGUCCAGGGCAGAGGCGAAGAGAAUGAAGCUGACUUUUUCCGAAGCCAUAAGAAACAAAGCCAGGUUAUCCAUCACUGGGAGUGUGGGAGAAAACGGCCGUGUGCUGACCCCCGACUGCCCCAAGGCCGUACACACAGGAACUGCAAUUAGACAAAGUUCGGGAUUGGCUGUCAUUGCAUCGGACCUACCAUAAAAACCAAAAAAAUAAUUGAGUGCCUUAAUCAAACUGUGUUGGUGACUGAUGGAAACGCAGCCCCGAGGGACAGGCCAAGCCUGGGUCUUGGCUAAACCCAUCCUUUGGCUGAGAGCAGGAAGGACAUACUGAGCGCCGGACAGAACCAGUGCAUGAGUUCAGCACGGAAAUGCAGACUCGGAAUUUUUUUAUCAGGAGAACUCACAAUUUAGUUUUUUGGGGGGAGUGGGUGGGGUAUAUCUGGGAUAGGUGUAUUAACAGCAACAAAUUUCACUUGAGCGCACUUAAAACUAAUCAGACUGGCCAGUUAGCGCAUUAAACUGUGAAGUUCUUUCUCAAAAAGGUCUAUGUCACCACAGCAAGGGAUUCAACAGUUAUUAGAGGUCAAGGAACCUGCUACCUGUGUCUCCAGAACACCCAUAUAGUCGGUGGAAUAAUCUGCAGCUGAGACAAGCAGUCACUGAGAUCUGAUAAGAAAAUAAUAAAUAUGUAAAUCCUGUGAAAAAAACCAACAAAAUUUAAAGAAAGUAUUUACAGUUACUUUGGAAAUAAAACAAUACUGAAACAUGCUUGCUUUUUAACUGAAGUAAAUCCAGUAGAGGACAACACAAUUGUUUUUUUCUAACCAUCUUAGGGAACAAUACAUUGCAAUAAUUGACAAUAAUGCCAUCACUGUAAUAAACUUUAGAGACUUUUUUUAAUGUAAAAGUUGUUGGUCACCUUGUUUCCUGUAACCUUCACUCUGUCACACAAGUUGGCUCAUAGGUUGUGUUUGUCUAUCAGAAACAAAAAGAAAAAAAAAAAAAAACAAGUGAAGAACAUGUUGGCAUGAAGUCAUCCAUCUGCAAUGUAGAAUUUAAAAGACUACGGGUCACUCAUGUUGUCAAUAUAAUUUAUAAUCCUGUUCUGUGUACAAAAUUGUGGGUUUUGUACCCAGCCAAAAGAAUAAAACAACAGUUUUUCUUACAGUAUCUAUCCAUAGAACUUAAAUUUUUCCCUAUGAUUAUUUGAGAAACCCGAGACUCCAUAAGGGAUUAUAGAAGUCAAGGGAUAGGCUGCACAAGAAAAUGUAGCUUGUCAUUAUUAUUUCUGCAUACGUUUUCUAGAUCUGGGGCUUAUUUGUUGACAGACUAAGUUGUCAAAGGUACAAUCCUUGAGUCUGGGAAUGAACCACUGUUCUAAAACCAACACAACCUGCGUGGAAAAUUUUACUUGGCUCUAUUUUGCUGCAUAAAAUUGAGUGUCUCUUGGGAAUUCCUCCUCAUUCCCAUCCUAAAUUCUUUGAAGAUACUGAUAACAGUUUGGGGUAGACUACAGUUGAAAACCUCAAUCCUUAUUUCUACCCAGUAAUUGUGAAUAAAAUUAUACCAUAUUCAUUUUUUAAGAAAACAAAGCCCUUAUGGUUCAAAGGGUCUGCUUCAUUUGAAUUGAUGAAUGAGUUCCAUGAUACAGAUUUUAAAAAAAAAAAAAAUAAUUACAGAUUGAAGGAUUUUUGCCGAAAGCACAAGUUAGGAUGACUCCCAAACUGUGGCCUUGAAGGAUGAGCUGAGUUUUCACAGGAGGUGGUGCUGGUAAGAUCCUAUGGGUGAGCAGCACAGGACACCGCUACUUUUGUCAGUGCCCCAUGUACAAGGCUUGUGCAACAAGGUGGCCUGGUGAGGGCACAGGGUGUGAUGUCAUGGAAGCUCUGUCAGAAAUAUGGAGGAUUGGUUUUCUUCCCUCAAUGCUCACAAUCCCCCUUCAAUAUCUGUGUGUCACUACAAUGUAAUCCUUAUAACACAUGUAUGCACUGUCCCUCGGGAAAGGUUACUUCUCUGUUGUUGAGCAAUGAUUCAUUUCACAACCUGAGCCCCUCCCUGGUGUCUUCCUCUUCUUCUCUCACUCCUACCCAAGCUCUCAGCCAGCAAAUGGACGUCCACAGCACACGGAUCAUGGUAUCUACCCUCUCUGCGCUCUGUAGAUCUUCUGUCUUUACCUAACUGUCACACAUCCUUCCGCCCUGAAAUUGAAUUUUAUGUGUCCUGAGAAGAUCUUCAUGAUCACCCACCAACCCUGCCCAUGAUACUGAGUUACGUGCCAUUCUUAAUGUUUCUUACCCAUCACGGCACUCAUCGUACAUACUGCAUUGCAAUUGCCUGUGUACUUGUCUGUAAACUACUAGACUGUCAGCUCCUUGAGGGCAGGGACUGUGUCUAUCUUGUUCACAGUUGUGUCCCCAGCACUCAGCACAGUGCCUGGCAUACUGUAGGUGCUUAAUAAAUAUUUGUUGA